UGCAUGUGUACAUGCUGUGAAUUAUCGAAGCGCGUGCAGUUUACCCAUUCUGCAGGUGUUUUGCAAAGUGAAGUACCGUUAGCAUUCAUCUCACUUUCUGAAGACGCUACUCAAAGUCAUGGGUGAACCAGUGUCUGAAAUGUGUGAUCACCUCAUCAAAGCUGUUAACGUGAUGAUGGACGCUGAAUCUAGUCAAAUAUAUCGUCUGGAGGCCCUAAAGUUUUGUGAAGAAUUCAAAGAGAAGUGUCCAUUCUGUGUUCCAUGUGGGCUACAGUUAGCAGAUAAAGCCCAAACACCAGUGGUGAGGCACUUUGGUCUACAGAUACUGGAGCACGUCAUCAAGUUCAGAUGGAACAACAUGCCACAGCAGGAGAAAGUCCAGCUGAAGAACUGUGCCAUGGGGCUGUUGUCAACUGGCACCUAUCCGAUCCUGGAGGAGGAGAGUCACAUCAAGGACGUUCUCGCACGGAUCAUAGUGGAGAUGAUCAAGAGAGAAUGGCCUCAGCACUGGCCUGACAUGCUCAAGGAGAUGGAGGCACUCACCAGCAUAGGGGAGGCCCAGACAGAGCUGGUGAUGAUGAUCCUGCUGCGGCUGGCGGAGGACGUGAUCACCUUCCAGACCCUGCCCGCCCAGCGCCGCAGGGACAUCCAGCAGACCCUCACCCAGAACAUGGAUAGCAUCUUUAGCUUCCUGCUCACCAUCCUGCAGCUCCACGUCGACGAGUACCGCAAACUGAAAAAAAUACCAGGCCAAGAAUUGCAGGCCAAGGCCCACUGUCGUGUAGGUGUGGCUGCUCUGAACACCCUGGCAGGUUACAUAGACUGGGUGGCCCUGGCCCACCUCACCAAUGACAACUGUCGCCUGCUGGAAAUGCUGUGUCUGUUGCUCAGUGAGACAGAGCUGCAGCUGGAGGCUGCCGAGUGCCUGCUCAUCGCCAUCAGCCGCAAGGGGAAGCUGGAGGACAGGAAGCCGCUCAUGGUGCUGUUUGAUGACGUCGCCAUGCACUACAUCUUGUCCGCAGCACAGUCUGCAGAUGGAGCAGCAACAUGCAACAAAUCCUCUCCGACACAGCCAGUGGUGGAGAGACACUACAUCUUCCUGAAGAGGCUUUGUCAGGUCCUGUGUUCCCUUGGCAGCCAACUCUGCUUCUUAGUGGGUUCAGAUGUGGAGGUAGAUGUACCUGCAAACCUCAGCAAGUACACAGAAGCAUUCCUGGCCUUCACCACUCACCCAAGCCAGUUCCUAAGAUCUUCCACCCAGAUCACAUGGGGAACCCUAUUCAGACAUGAGAUUCUCUCCAAGGAUCCUGUCAUCAUCCAGAUGAUGAUCAAGUACUUCAGAGCCACCAUGACCAACCUAGUCAAGACUGGUUUCCCUUCCAGGAACGACAGUCCCAGCUGUGAGUACUCCCGUCAUGACUUCGACAGUGAUGAAGACUUCAACUCCUUCUUCAACUCGUUCCGAGCGCAGCAGGGGGAGGCGGUCCGGAACGCGUGUCGUGUCGUUCCCUUGGAGGGCUUCCAGAUUGCAGCAGAGUGGCUGCAGUAUCAGAUCAGUACACCCAUUGACAUCGGGACCACUGGGUCUAAGAUGGCUGAGGGGCUGUGCUCUAUCCUGUCUCCGUCAGCGGUCCAGUGGGAUGCUAUGACCUUCUUCACAGAGAGUGUUGUGGGACAGAUCUUCAAGAACGUAGAGGUUGAGAAGUUGCCAGUAGAUCAGGGCAUUGAGCUGCUACAGGCAGUGUUGAACUACAACACCCAAGACCCUCUCAUCCUGUCCUGUGUCCUCACCAACCUCUCCUCCCUCUUCCCCUUCGUCACACACCGACCUCACUUCCUGCCUCAGGUCCUCUACAAGCUGUUUGCCUCCAUCACAUUUGAGGUGGUAGAGGAGAGCAAGGCGCCACGGACGCGUGCGGUGAAGAACGUCAGAAGACACGCCUGCUCCUCCAUCAUCAAGAUGUCUCGAGAUUACCCAUGGUUCAUUCUGCCAUGUUUUGACAUACUGUAUAAUCAGGUGAAGAAGCUGUUCUCCAACGAGGCCCUGUUGACCCAGAUGGAGAAGUGUGCUCUGAUAGAGGCUCUGGUCCUCAUCAGUAACCAGUUCAAAGACUACACCAAGCAGAAGGCCUUCCUGGAGGAGCUCAUGGCCACCGUGGCCGCUCGCUGGACCUCCGACGAGAUGAGGCAGGUACUGUUGGAACCUGCUCUGUUCCUGGCUUUCGUUGGUGCUGAUCAGCUGAUGGCUGAAGGCACAGACCACACAACAGGCAUCAACAGGUCACGGUUGAGUUUCUGUGUAUACACCAUCCUGGGGGUGGUGAAGAGGGCCCGCUGGCCGGCUGACCUGGAGGAGGCUAAGGCAGGGGGCUUCGUGGCGGGCUACACCCCUUCUGGAGCCCCAAUCUACAGAAACCCCUGCACCCCCCAGGUCCUGGCCCUGCUGCCCAACCUGCUCGCCCUCAUCAGAACCCACAACAAUCUGUUCCUGCCGGAGAACAUGUGUCGUCUGAGUGAGACGUUCUCCAGGGCCUACGAGGUGAUCGAGGUGGAGAGGAAGGUGGUUCUAGGCCUUACACAGCCAGUCCUGGACAUCUAUGACUCUCCAGUGUAUAAGACUCAUCUAGAGCGCAUGCAGGGUUUCUUCUGUACCCUCUAUGACAACUGUUACCAUAUCCUGGGGAAUGCAGGCCUAUCAUUGCAUCAAGACUUCUACACCAUCGAUGGAUUGGCUGAACAGAUCGUUGGUUCCGCCUUAAUCUCCCUCGACAACGUGCCUGACCACAGACUCCGCCCCAUGCUCCGGGUGUUCCUGAAGCAGCUGGUGCUGUCGUGUCCUCAGGAGUACUACGACAGUCUGCUCUGCCCCCUACUGGGCCCCCUGUUCGCCUACAUGCUUCAGAGACUCAACCUCAGGUGGCAGAUCAUCAACCAGCGGAGUACUGUCAGUAUGGAGGAUGACGAGGACGAGGCGUGUGAGGAGAACCAAGUGACCCAGGAGAUGCUGGAGGAACAGCUGGUUCGUCUGGUCACCAGAGAGGUUCUGGACCUGCUCACUCACGCCUGCAUACUGAAAAAAGUUCCUGAGCCAGCAGGGAAUAAGGAGGAUGUGGAUGAGGAUGAGAUGAUGUCCACUGAGUCCCAGGCAGUCACAGCCUCUCCAGCCAGCCAACAGGCGAGAUGACUGAGCUGGGAGUUGUCUACUCAACACGAGGACAUCUAUAUGACCUUGUUGACGAUCUCGUUCACCUCUUUGUCCUGGAAGGACACCAGCAACUGUCACGCACCGCCUCCAUGGUGUGCUGGACCUGCUGAGACAGGUCGUAGGGGGGAACCUUCUGCCAGAGGCGGUCACAUGGUUCUAUGCCAGUGUUCUGAAGGGACUGCAGAUGCACGGACAGCACGAGGUCUG